UUAAAAGAGUAUAUCUUUCAAUAUAUCUUUUAUAGUUUCUUUAUCACUUUAACACUUUACUUGAUAGUUUGAAAUUAAUUACGAGUAAUUAUCCACAUCUUGAGGCCUGUUCUGGUAUCUUAAAGUCCACUAGUCGGCUUGUAUCUGACAGAUGCUAGCCACAGCAUCCGUAUCUGGUGGUGCAAAAUGCAAAUUGGUGCGCCUCGCUUUUGUUGCCCGGAGAUUUAUGCACUUCGCCGGAUCCGAUUCGCCGAUUAACCGAUUUGCUGAUUUGUGGCUAGAUUCUGUGAGAAUGCGAUGGACUGCCGAUAUAUAUAAGUUGGAUCGAGGGGGACUGCCAGUUGUAGUCGCCACCCGUCAUCCAAGAUGCCAUCUGCUCCGUCUCCACUGCUGUUGCUCCCCCUUCUGAUACUCGCCCAGUGCCUGCUGGCCGCCACCCAGGUAGCUCCUCCACGGCUGGAUCUCCAGACCCCCAACUUUGAUGGCGAGAGCUUCGAGAGAUUCGACGGCAAUGGCCGGGAAAAUAGCGCCGAGAUGCGGGAGCAGUUGAAGCAGUUACUCGGCGAGCAGUUGGCCAACGCCUUUGCCCCACUGGCGACCACGCCCUUUUCGAACCUGGCCCAGCGGCAGCCUGCGAUUGUGGCACCCACCUCCGGGGAGGCGGCCAGGGCCCAGUUUUCCGGAGAAAGCACAUCCUCGGAGGAGGCGGAGGCGGAGGCGGAGCAUGAGGAGGAAGAGGAGUCUCCGGAGGAUGACAGCUCCAGCGAGGAGGAACCAGCAAAACCACCAACUCCCCAACCAGCUCUACCCCCUCAGCUGCCCCAGCCAGUGGGCACAGUAGAUCCCAAUGAAGACCAGGAUCCAGAACCUGUCGAGGACUACAAUGCCUGGCGGGACAACUUCUACGACCUCAACGAGGAUGGCAGCUAUAUCUUUGGUUACGCCCUUCCCCACGGCGUCCGUCGCUGGGAGAGAGGCUACUUCCCCGAGGAUCAUCACGGCCAGGUGGUGGAGGGCUUCUACGUCCAGCCCCGUCAUGUGGCCCAUGGACUCAGAUACGAACUGCGAUGCUAUCGAGCGGAUUCCGAAGGCUACCAUCCACUUCCAGUGGAAUUCCUGAGAAAUGCCCCCAUUGUCCGGCGGGAUGAGAGACCUCAGGUCGAUUGCUUCAAUAACUUCGUUGGCAGGCGACUCUAAAACGAGCUACCAACCGCCCGUCCACCCGCACCAAAUCUUCAGACCCGGAAACAGCUACAGACUAGCUCGCCUAACAUAGACCCUUCCAAGUCGAAAUCCGUGUCAUU